CUGUCCUGUUGUGUCAGCAACGCUAACACUGAAGGCAUUUCAGCCCCCAUUCACAUGUGGUAUGUUACUGCCUCGCAGUUGUUGUCAAAGUAUUUACUUUAGUAUUCGGCUCCUCAACUAGCCGAGAGUAAGUUGUAGCUUCGCUAACGAUAACAGUGCCGCUAAAGGGAUGGCACGAGCUGGACUCCUUCUGCACGCGCCUGUUCUUUGCACUGUAAUGAAGAAGUGACCUUUUCUUCAGGUAGCUUUUUUUGGUCAGUGGGGCUGCCGCCGGUGUCACGGUUUAACAAGCGACCGUGUUAACUGGCGACUUUCAGACGAACGCGUCCGUUGCUAUUGAAAAUAGGAUGAGGACACGUAGCUGUCCUCGUGAAUGCCGCAUUGUUAAAUUGUUCAAUACAGUGUCAACCCCUCUAAUUUAAAACGUAUAUAUAACUAGAUGUCUUAUACAAAAUAAACGGCAUUCACGAGGACAGCCAACUACGUGUUUUCGUCCUUUUUUCCAACAGCUGGCGUAACUGCGAAAACUACGUACGCCAGUUAACAGGGUCGCCUGUUAAACCGUAACCCCGGACAGGUAUGUCUCUGAGGCUGCUGUCAGUGGAGCCCUCGGACCGGGGCUCCCAGAGAUGCAGGCUGGGUCCAGGCUUGAUGUCGGCGCUGGGUCUGAGUCUGGGCUCCCCGCUGCUGGUGUCUGUCCCCGGGGGGAGCUGCCUGUGCACCGCCUGGCCCCGGCCUGACCUGGCGGAGGGCUUCCUGCAGAUGGACCUGAAAUGUUCCUCUCCCGGUCUCGUCUCUCACCCACCCACUCGUCUCCACCUGGACCCAGGCCAGCUCACGCCUGUGCCCUGCCCCAAGCUGAAAGGCGUGAAGAUCACCGUGGUGGUGCAGAGUGUUGAUUUUAAGAAACGCACACCUCCUGGCCUCCUUCACGAGCUGGUGAAGGACACGCUGAAAGGUGUGCAUGUCCACAAGAAGCAUGUGAUCAACCUGGAGAGUUUCGAUACAGAGGUCAGAUAUGUUGUGGUUGAAAGCAUCAAUCUGGAUUCUGCCAGUGCUGGAUUCAUCACCUCCAAAACGUGCGUGGAAAUAGUUGGCGUCCAGACUCUCCGGCAUUACAGGAGUCAGCUGCAGGACCAGCCAGUGGUCCCCAUGGGGGGACUGGAGGAGGUGAGUGCCUCCCUGAGAGAGAUGCUGCAGCUGCCCCUGCUCUACCCGGGCACCCUGAGCUCUCUUGGCGUGUCGUGUCCCAGAGGUGUGCUCCUAGUGGGGCCUCCAGGUGUGGGCAAGACCCUGCUGGUCCGCAGGGUGGUGGGGGAGGUGGGAGCCAGCCUGGUGGUGGUCAGAGGGCCAGAGGUGGUGGGACCACGGCCGGGUGAGAGUGAGGAGAAGCUACGUGCCGUGUUCGAGCGCGCUCGCUCUGCAGCUGAAGAGGGUCCCUGCGUUUUGUUCCUCGAUGAGUUGGACUCUCUGUGUCCGAGGAGAACCGGCUCGUCGGCACCAGAGAACCGCCUGGUCGCUCAGCUCCUCACACUGAUGGACGGGAUCGAACGGUCCGAUCGCUUCCUCAUCGUCGGCGCCACCAACAGACCGGACGCCUUGGACGCGGCACUGCGCAGGCCUGGAAGAUUUGACAGAGAGGUCGUCAUUGGAGCCCCCACCUCGCAGCAGAGAAAAGCCAUUUUGUCUGUUCUGUGUGCGAGGAUGCCCGUGUGUGCCAGUGUGGACAUGGCCGAGCUUGCACAGAGAACUACAGGCUAUGUAGGGGCGGACCUCAGCGCCCUGUGCAGAGAGGCUGCCAUGCACGCCAUACGAGGAAGCUCUAAGGGUUCAGGAGAGCAGGCGGUGGGCAUGAAGCACUUCCACGAGGCUCUGAAGGCGGUGAGCCCCUCCUGCCUGCGGAGUAGCCUGGGCAGGACGGAGCUCUCGCCCACGUCAUGGGAGCAGAUAGGAGGCCUGGAUGACGUCAAACUCCGACUCAGACAGAGUAUUGAGUGGCCGAUGUUGUACCCCGAGGCAUUUGUUCGCCUGGGUCUGAGUCGGCCCCGCGGUGUGCUGCUCUACGGACCUCCAGGAUGUGCAAAGACGAAGCUCGUCAAGGCCGCAGCGAGCUCGUCUCACUGUGCCUUCCUGUCCGUCGGCGGCGCUGACCUCUACUCUCCUUAUGUCGGAGACUCAGAGAAGGCUUUAGCCCAGCUGUUCCGCCAGGCCCGUGCCUGUGCUCCCUGCAUCCUGUUCCUUGAUGAGAUCGACUCUCUGAUUGGCUCGCGGUCAAACAGCCGGACGCCCAACAGCGUACAGACACGCCUCCUGUCUGUGCUCCUGAAUGAGAUGGACGGGGUCGGCCUGAAGACGCUGGAGAGGAGAGGGGCCGAGAAGAUCCUGCAGGCGGGGGGAGCGGAGGAGAAUCGCACGCGGGAACAGUUGGACUUCCAGGAAGUAUGCAACAAAGAUGUGAUGGUUGUAGCCGCCACAAACCGACCUGACUGCUUGGACAAUGCCCUCCUCAGACCUGGCAGGCUGGACCACAUCAUCUAUGUCCCACCACCUGACCAGCAGGCCCGUCUUUGCAUCCUGAAGAUGUGCACGAAGUCGAUGCCCGUGGGUGCUGAUGUGUGUCUGGAGGAGCUGGCCGCAAAGACGGAGCUUUACUCUGGAGCUGACCUGGAGAAUCUCUGUAAAGAGGCUGCUUUGUUGGCGCUGCAAGAGGAAAACAUGGAGGCUUCGAGCAUCAAGCACGCAUACUUCCUUCGGUCCCUCAGCAAAAUGAGCCCCUCCCUCACUGCCCAGCAGAUCCAAGCAUAUCAAAAAACUCCCAGAUGACAAACCAUAUAUGACCAUAUCCACUGCUUUCAUCAAUUGUAUCGUUU